GGACCGACCGAGCCGACUGAGCACGCGAGCGGGAUGCAGCAGGCGCUGGGCCUGGGCCGCGCGUGCAGCCUCGGCCAUUCCUGCCGCCGCAGCACGGCCACCACUCCUUCCCCCGCCCCUCCACCUCUCCCUCCUCGCACCACCACCACCAGCAAGAGCGGCGGCAGAGCCGUAGCUGUGCGCGCCGAAGCCGCCUCGUCGGCGCCGCGGACGAUGGAAGCCACCAAGCGGGAGGAGCCGACGGUGCUCACGCUGCGGGCCGUGGAGGCCACGCCGGAGUCCUUCGCGCCGUUCGGGCAGGUCAUCGCCGCCUCCCCGGACGGCGACCAGUUCGGGCCCCAGGACGCCCAGCUCGACCUCAGCCGCGGCAUCCCCAGGUUCUACAUCAUGAGGCUGGAGAGCAAGCCGCUCAAGUUCUCCACAAUCACGCACCACGCCGGCGUGACGCAGUGCCUGGGCUCCAUCGGCGGCCAGGACUGGUACCUCGGCGUCGCCAAGCCUUCCGUCGUGGACGGGGCGGCGGAACAGAGUGGCGGCAGGAGCCCCGUGCAGUCGCGCGCUGGGCAUUACUACCUGCCUCCCGAUCCGGCCGAGGUCUGCGUGUUCCGGGUCUCCGGUCCCAAGUUUCUCAAGCUGCACACGGGCACCUGGCACGCCGGGCCGCUGUUUAAGGCAGACGCCGUGGAUUUCUAUAACCUCGAGCUCAGCGACACCAAUGUUGUGGAUCACACCACGCACUAUUUCGAGAAGCAGGAUGGUGUAACCUUUGUGAUCGAGGAUUGAAAUGGCCUAGGCACGAAGCUGUGGUUGAAUGCACCGGCGCACCCACAGCUUUUGUAACGAACGACCCGUAUGUAAAUGUAAUAAGCCACGUAAUAAUACAGUAACGUGAUUACAAGUUACAAGCCACGUAUGUCUGAC